UGGUUUUAACACAUAUUUACCCGCAAACAUGUUGACACUAUAACUCCAUUCACCGACUUUGCUUUCCUCUUAUUAGAAGUUCGAUCGAUAACCCUAGAAUUUUGGAUUUGUAUUCUUUUGAUUGAUUUCUCAGCUAUGUCUACAGACGUCGAGAUGGCUGCCGCCGAUGAAGGAUCCACCGUUACCGCACCUCCAUGCUGUUCUUCUUCUACGAAGAAACCCAAGCGUUUUGAGAUCAAAAAGUGGAACGCUGUCUCUUUAUGGGCUUGGGAUAUUGUUGUAGACAACUGUGCUAUUUGCAGGAAUCAUAUCAUGGAUCUCUGCAUUGAAUGUCAAGCUAAUCAAGCUAGUGCCACUAGCGAGGAGUGCACUGUUGCCUGGGGUGUAUGUAAUCAUGCCUUCCACUUUCACUGCAUCAGUCGAUGGCUCAAGACCCGUCAAGUGUGCCCAUUAGAUAACAGUGAGUGGGAGUUUCAGAAGUAUGGUCACUAGAGGAUUCAAUACAUUGCAGCAGAAAAGAUCAUGCUGUUGCACUGGAACCUUGAAGCUCUUAUUUUGGUGUUUUUUUUUGUUUUGUAUUAUGGCAAUAUAAAUCUGAGACUGCUUUCUAUUGGGAUGCGAUUUAUUAGAGAGCUGGUAUUUAAAUUGCACAUAUGAUGUUAUUUUGCACUUCUAUGUUAUUGUCUUACUUCAAA